AUGGCAGGGUCAUACAUCAUGGAGGGCCCACUGAGCAAGUGGACGAACCUGAUGAAGGGUUGGCAGUACAGGUGGUUUGUUCUCGAUGAUAAUGUCGGUCUCUUGUCUUAUUACACCAGUAGGGAGAAGAGAGUGAGAGGUGAACGAAGAGGCUGUGUCAGACUGCAGGGGGCAGUGAUAGGCAUUGAUGAUGAAGAUGACAGUACAUUCACUAUAACCGUUGAUCAGAAAACUUUCCAUUUCCAAGCCAAGCAUGCCGACGAGAAAGAGCAGUGGAUCAAUUGUUUGGAGUCCUCUAUUAUGAAGAUUUCGCAGCCAAAGCUUCCAUCUUUUACGUACAGCUACGGCCUGGCAAACAAUGCAACGAUGUCCGAUUUUGAUAAGAAGCUCGCAGAGGCUGAUUCGUAUUUGAAAAUUCUUAUUGAGCAGAUUCAGGAUUUGGACGCAAGAAUGAAGUUGUGUUGUGAUGAAAAGUCUUUUGGACAAUUUCAAUCGCUGAAGUCAUCUGCUGAGAUUUUGGUCGAGUCUAUUAAGCAGACGAUCGUCUUCUUGCAAAUUUCCAAGCACAACAUAAUGCAGAUGAACACGUCAACAACAAAACAGCAGCAACAUUACAGAGCAGAUGCGUGCAACACAAUGCAACAGCAGCAACAACUUCAAACAUCUACCGUUAAUGGGGACGGAUGCCCUGUCAUAGAUACAAUAGUGCAUAGAUCAGCAGAAUGUCUAGUCGAUUCGUCAGCUUCUGACGUGCAGUGUGCAAUGAACCACGACCAUCACCAUCCACACCACCUGCAGCCCAACCACUCUGCCCUUAGUAAUUCAUUACCAAACUUGCUCACCCCAUCUGAAGAUUUUCACGAUAUACAAAAUCAAGAUGGCCUGAGCAAAGCAACAAAUCCUACAACAGCCUCACCGGCUACAGCUGCAACAGCAACUGCAAUACCUGUCUUCAGUGCAACCACAACAAAUGCAAAUGCAGACACAAAUGAUGACUCCUACUCUUCUAGUGAUGAUGACGAUAGAUAUUAUGAUGCAGAAGAUGUUUCAAGAGAAUUCAUGGAAGCGCAAAGAUGCAGAUCAUUAUCAAAAUCGAUCAACAAAAGACCAGGUGUAGAUGUGUAUGAAGAAGAUGAUGACGAAGAAGAAGGAAUUGAAUCGAUGGAGAACCAUGGCAACUUACUUACGCACCUCCUCAGCCAGCUGCACAUCGGCAUGGACCUCACAAAGGUUGUCCUGCCAACCUUCAUACUCGAGAAACGGUCACUUCUCGAGAUGUAUUCAGAUUUCUUGGCCCAUCCUGAUCUCUUCGUUAGUAUUGCAGAGCAGUCAACAGCCAAGGAUCGCCUCGUACAAACAGUCAGAUUCUACUUGUCGGCAUUCCACGCAGGCAAGAAAAGUGGGGUAGCAAAAAAGCCGUACAACCCAAUACUCGGGGAAUGCUUCAAAUGUUUCUACGAACUACCUCAGACCACUUGCACAAGCACAGCAGAAACAAGAGCUGAAGAUAAAGAUGGACCCAUACCAUGGUGUUCGAAGAGUAAUUUAUCAUUUGUUGCUGAACAAGUAUCUCAUCAUCCACCAAUUUCAGCUUUCUAUGCUGAAUGUUACAACAAGAGAAUAUCGAUUAAUGGCUACAUUUGGACGAAGUCGAAAUUUCUCGGCCUGUCGGUUGGCGUGCACAUGAUCGGCCAGGCUGUCAUUUCGCUGCUCGAUCACGAUGAAGAUUACGUCGUCACCUUCCCGAACGGAUAUGGCAGGUCAUCCAUAUUGACUGUUCCAUGGAUGGAGCUCGGUGGAAAGGUUUCCAUCACCUGCUCCAAAACAGGCUACUCUGCUCAAAUUGAAUUUUUAACCAAGCCAUUCUACGGCGGCAAGAAGGACCAGGUGGUGGCCGAAAUGUUUGGUCCUAACGACAAGAAAGCUUUUGCCAGCGUGAGGGGGGAGUGGAAUGGAGUGAUGUUCCUCAAGCAAGGAAAUGUAAGCGAAGUCUUUCUGGACACCAAGAACAUGCCCAUCAUUAAGAAACAAGUGAAGCCAGUGGACCAGCAGGAAGAUUUUGAAUCUAGGAGACUCUGGAGAAACGUGACAGUGAACUUGAAGUCUCGAAACAUUGAGAAAGCCACUGAUUACAAGUGCCAACUGGAGCAACAUCAGAGAGAUGAAGCCAAGAGAAGGAAGGACAACUGCAUUCAUUAUGAAACCAAGUUAUUUCAUGAGGUGGGAGCUCACUGGGUCUUCGACAAGCCACUGGUCAAUCGAAUCAAAUCCCCAACUGGCCACAACUAAUCUUUCGGGCGUAACCAACAUUCACAUUUCACCUUAAACGUUAAUUGCUUGUAAUUCUGAAUAUUUUGUUUUCACUUUAACUUAUUUUUGCUUUGUUUGGCUAUUUGGUUUUCAAAUAUCUCAUUUUAUGUGUUUCGUUUUUUUAAAUGUUAUCAAUUUCAUGAAAACAAUCGUUUCAAUCUAAAUUUUUUCUUUAGGUAAUAUAAUUAUUAUAGUAUGAAAAAUUAUAUUUACAGUGUAAAGUUAAUAAGAUGAGCUCCUCUAACAAUAAAAUUUGUCCAUUCCGUUAUCCUAAUAUAUGGUCGUGUGAUGUGAAUUCGUUUUGAAGUGACGUCAAAUAUUUUCCAGUUGGCUAUUCCACUUCUCCGCACUUUUGUUUCUUUAGUUAAUGUUAUAUGUAUAAGUACUACUUAAUUGUAAACUAAUAGUUACUGUUUAUAUUUUUGUUCAGUAAUGCCACGGUCCAACCAUGUUCAUCAAUGGGUUUCUUUUUUUAAAUAGUCAUAAAUUGAAUUUUACACUUCACACAAACACCCCACAAUAACACCAACAUUCAUCAGCUUUUUAAUAAUGUUUCUCUCUUACUCUUUUCAUCUUUGAAUGUUAAUGAAAGUUUGAUUAAUUUGCGCAAAUAAUAUUGUAACCCAUAAAAAUAUUAACAUUUUCAGAUGGUUGAAGACUUAAUUGAAUUAUUCUUUGAUAUAAAUAAAAACUCCUUAUAUGCAAUUAUUCAAGAAAUAUUUUAUUCCUUAGGUUUGGUUUAAACUCUUUUCAAACAUGCCAUAUUUUUAACUUAAACUAGCAACAUAGAUGUUUCAAACAUUAAGUUUGGUGUUUUUGUUUUUUUUCGCAAUAAAUUUAUUUAAAGUUUUUUUUCAUCAUAAACCAAAAAUAUUGUAAUGUUAUGUAAGGCAUUAGUAUCCUCUUUCUCAAAUAUUU